AUGACCUUAGUAUCCGCCGUCAAAAGGAAACCAUCGGAUGGCGUCUACGCGGCAGCUCUCUGCUUGCACCUUUUGCUUUGGGUUUCGUGUGCCGUGUCCGAGGAGGAGCAUCAUCAUCACUUCAACGUUGAGGAAUGGCUACAAAGGUAUGGGUACCUUGUCCACUCACAGCCGGGAAUGUCCAUGCUGCGCUCAGUCCAGUCCAUGCACUCUGCUAUAGCAUCCAUGCAGCGAGUAUAUGGCCUCAAUGUCACCGGGAACCUGGAUGACAGAACCAAGGACUGGAUGCAGAAGCCAAGGUGUGGAGUCCCGGACAAAGGUACGUCCCGGUCUCGGCGGCGGAGGUAUGCGCUAACGGGACAGAAGUGGCAGCGUACGCACAUUACCUACAGUAUAAAAAAUAUCACGCCAAAGGUGGGAUCCCAUGAGACCCAUGAUGCCAUCCGACGAGCAUUUGACGUGUGGCAGGGAGUGACACCUCUGCGCUUUGAGGCUGUACCAUACAGCGCUCUGGAGACGAGCCGGAGGGAGGUGGACAUCACCAUCAUCUUUGCCUCUGGUUUCCAUGGUGACAGCUCCCCCUUUGAUGGAGAAGGGGGCUUCCUGGCUCACGCAUACUUCCCCGGACCCGGCAUCGGAGGUGACACGCACUUCGACUCGGAUGAACCCUGGACCCUCGGGAAUCCCAACCACGACGGGAAUGACUUGUUCUUGGUGGCGGUUCACGAGUUGGGACACGCCCUCGGUCUGGAGCACUCCAAUGACCCCACCGCCAUCAUGGCCCCCUUCUACCAGUACAUGGACACCGAGAACUUCAAACUACCUCAUGAUGACCUGCAGGGCAUACAAAAGAUUUACGGUCCACCAGACAGAGCGCCACAGCCCACCAGGCCUCCGCCCACUGUCCCGCCUCCUCGCUUCCACCCGCCCUCUGACCCCCGCAAACACGACCGCCACUCAUCCCGCCCACACAGACCUCCACAGGGCGCCAAACCUUCCAACCCCAACUCCAAACCCAACAUCUGUGACGGCGGCUUCAACACACUCGCCAUCCUGCGCCAAGAGCUCUUCGUCUUCAAGGACCAAUGGUUUUGGAGAGUACGGGACGGCUCUGUGGUACCUGGAUAUCCCAUGCAGAUAAACUACUUCUGGAAAGGCCUGCCUCCGAAAAUCGAUGCCGUUUAUGAAAACAGUGAAGGGAAAUUUGUCUUCUUUAAAGGAAACCGUUUCUGGGUGUUUAAGGACACGACUCUGCAGCCCUCAUAUCCUCAGGACAUCUCACUGUUUGGGAGUGGCAUGCCCGCCCAGAACAUCGAGACAGCUGUCUGGUGGGAGGACGCAGCCAAAACCUACUUCUUCAAAGGAGACAGAUACUGGAGGUACAAUGAGGAAAUGAGGACAAUGGACCCUGGUUACCCAAAACCCAUCACCAUCUGGAAGGGCAUCCCGGACUCUCCACAGGGAGCUUUUGUGGACAAGGCUAAUGGCUUUACCUAUUUUUACAAAGGUAAAGAGUACUGGAAGUUCAACAACCUUCUUCUACGAGUCGAGCCAGGAUAUCCCCGCUCCAUCCUGAGGGACUUCAUGGGUUGUGAUGGUCUCCCGGCAGACCCCGACUGGGACUGGAGCCCCCCAGUGGCUGAAGAACGUCACUAUGACAAUGGAGACGCAGACGUGGUCAUUAAAUUGGACAGCACGGGAGGCACAGAGAAGGCAGUGGCAAUAGCUAUCCCCUGUGUCCUGGCACUUUGUAUGAUGGUCCUACUCUACACAGUGUUUCAGUUCAGGAGGAAGAGCACACAGCGCCACAUACUGUACUGCAAGCGCUCCAUGCAGGAGUGGGUGUGA